AUGGUGCUUCUGAAGCAUGCGUCCAAGGGGCGAGCCAUUGUUACGAGGGUGACCGGUGCCGCGAGGCUAGUGUGCAACGGGAGAGACGACCAUGCGUCGGUUGCACGUGGAGGGGUUACUCACCUGGCGGAUGACCAAGGAAGGGUUGCUCACCCGGCGGAUGAUCACGGAAGGGUUGCUCACCCGGCGGAUGCUCGCGGAGCGGCUGCCCCCCCCUGCGGGGAAUCCCACCUACGCGAGUUCACCAACGGAGACAAAAUAGUGUACGACAAUGCAGAGGACUUGCGCAAGUUCUGCGACAAAAAAUUUAAGAAGUUUCGAUCCGAGCUGAACAUACUCACAUCGUCCAACAGGGAAUAUGUGCCGUACCACCUGUUUGACUUCUUCCUCUCCCGCGGGUCAUUCGAGGAGGUGCACGAAAAGUUGGCCCUCAAAGUGGGACAGUUAAAAAGGGAGCAGCUAGAAGGGGCACAAUCAAAUGUGAGGAAAAUCGGGGAAGCAUGCCUCCCCAAGGCUGACAGACUUCACGAUGACGAGGGGGACGAUUAUUCUCCUUAUUUUUUGCCACACUUGUCUGACGCGAUGGAUGGGGACAUGGAUCAGAAUGCAGACCGCGAAGGAUGUGUACAAAAAAAAAAUAUAUUUUUUGGGGAGGGAAACAAAAAUGUGAAGGAGGAGAAGAAAAAAAUACCGUCGUUAUUGCAACUGAAACAAGUUAACCUUCUGGACAUGGACUCAUAUAUAAAAUUAAGUUUACAGAGGAACUUCCACGUGAAAUAUUUGACAACAGUUCAGUACUGUUUAUUUCCACUGUUUGUAAAAAAUUACGACAUUUUAAUUCACUCCGUUAAAGGCACAGGGAAGACGCUAUCGUACUGUCUCCCACUUGCCCACAAAAUAAUUGCACAGCUAGGUAAACUUAAAAGGGACUUUCCUCACUUGAAGGACAACUAUGUCCUUGCGCUGAUUAUCUGUCCGAACAGAAUUCUCGUCGAACAAACAUACGCAAUUGUAAAAAAAUUACUCAUGUACCAUCCGUAUGGCAUCAUAUGUCACUACAUGCAUGGAAAAAAAAAUAUGAACAUGCAAGGUGAAAUUGAGGAGCUAAAAAAAAAACAACACAUUAUUGUGACCACUCCAGCUAGUUUCAUCAAUUAUAUGAAAUUCACAUCUUCCUUCAAAGACAUGCUUUUUUUAUGUGACACGAUUAUCGUGGACGAAGCGUAUUUUCUAUUAAAUUCAAAUUUUUUACACAACGUUUUAACUAUCAAGGAUGUGUUGCCCAAGGGACACCAAACCGUUUUACUAACCUGUCAUGUUAAUAAUUUUUUAAAGCACUUGGCCUUCAGAUUUUUGCGCCUCAAUUAUGUGUACCUAAAUUUAGUGCACAACUGUGUGUAUGAUGAUGACACGUUUGAGGAUGCCACUAGGGGGGGUACACACCCCCAGUGCCACUACACAACAGAUGGGAGUGAAGAACGGAGCGGCCUUUCAAAUCUGACCAUUCGGGCGAAUCCCCCAUUUGAGUUGUACCACAAACUGAACGCCCAGCUCCUCUCCCUCUACAGAAACAACAUACUGAAUUGCACCCAGCUAGAAAAGCUUUGGUACUGCAAAGACGCCAAGACGUUUUACGACCACGUUAAUACAUUCGAUGCGUACAUCGUAGGGGAGCCAGUCCACCCGACAGAAGGGGGUGAAGACAAAAAAAGGGAAGAACACCCGGAAGAGCAAAAACAGAAGCUCACUCUGAGCCACAGCGAUUACAACAACUACACACAGUUCAGCCCCACACACGCCAAUUAUGAACAGAACAAAGGGAGACACAUCCCCACGCAUAUACUCCUAACGCAAGAGUACUUAAUAUACGAGUCAGACAAACUUGCCUUAGUAGUCUUCAAUAUUCUCUGCAGAGAGCUCCUCUCAAAUGAGAGUAUAAAGAUAGUCCUCUUCAUGCCCACUGUAAAAAUGAUUCAGUUUUUUUACGUCAUUUUCAAGCACUACAUUUUUAAGGGCUACCUGUGUUUGCUCUACCUGCGCGGAAAGCAAAGGGCCCACGGGGGGUAUACCAAUAUGAAGGGCGAUAACAGCAGCUACUACCACGGGGGGGGCGCUAAUUCGGACAGUGCCUCUGCCCACCCGCAGAACCACCACUACGAUAAGGAUUGCGUUACCUUUUCUGUCUCCUCCACCCCCUUCGUUUGGGCCCAUCCAGAACUGCGCAGCGCAGAAGAGGGGGGGUCCCUAGGUGGGAAUGGUCCCAUCGAGUUAGGGGAUAGAGCAGCGGACAGUUCGCUCAAUAUGGAAGACCCACACUCAAACAGAGGCAAAGAAAACAGUGAAGAGAACAAGUGCGACCCUGAUGAUGAUAAGUACCAACGUGAGUACGAAUUGCUAAAAGACGUCAUACUCUCCUGUCUGCACUCCAAAUUAAGUGCAGAUAAAAAAAUGUACACCCUGAACAGAUUUAACAACUCGGAGGGGAAGACCAAACAAGUCUUAUUCGCUUCUUCCCUGUUGUGUCAAGGAAUCGAAGUAGACAAGGUCGACUUGGUAAUACAGGUAGGGGUGUGUACCACCGUUGAUGAAUACGUUCUAAGGACGAAUCUCGCCACAUCGAAAAACACCAAGGGACGAAGCCUUCUCUUGUUAAACGAGUUAGAGGGACAUUAUUUGUUCACUCUUUACAAAAACAGCAUUAUGAUUAGCAGCAUCAGCAAGAGGUACUUGAGAGAUAUAUAUAAGGAUAACCCUUUGUUGGAUGCUCUGUUGAAGUAUAAGCGCAGGGGGGUUAGUGUGCCAAGUGGGUGUAGUGAGGAUGACCAACGGUCAACGGGGCAAUCCGUUAGCGAUAGGGGCAAAGCCGAUGAUGUAGGUGACAAACUGGGGGGAAAGCAUGCACUUGCGGGGGGAAAUUUUGCUCAUGAGGAGAAAAAGGAUCAUUAUGCUUAUAACCCCCCACUGAGACACAUCGAAUGGCACAAGCACGAGCACCUACUCUGUUCGUGCGAGCUGAUGUACAGAUCGCUCCUCGGGUUUUAUUGUCAACAAAACAAAUUUCUCAAGUAUGAAAAAUGGCAAGUACCAAGUUUAAUUAAAAAUAUGAUUUACUCCUUUGGCUAUUUUGAUAAUUUUUAUGUAACGAAAUCGAUGGCUGCGAGACUUCAAAUUUUAAAUGCGCCUGAUCUGUUCGUAAAAUUUAAUGCCACCCCGCGGAGUGUGCUCAUGUCCGCGUUGCCAUCUUACAAGGGAUACAAAUCCCAGAUGAAUGAAAUUUGGCGGAAAGGCCGCGCAGGUGGUCAGUCAGACGGAGUGUUGCCCUCUGGGGAGGACCCCCCAUUUGACACAGAACAGGGGGAAGUCAACUUGGAAGAAAAGGCGAAAAGACGCGAAAGUGGGGAUUACGAAAGGCACCCCUUGUAUUUCCCCAUUCGCACGUAUUUGUCCUGA